AUGGAGAAGAACGGAGAGAACGUUGGCACUCAUAAUCUUGUCGACCUAACAGUACUGGAUUUGGGGAAUAACUUUUUAACAGGUACUAUUCCCAUUGGUAUUGGGAAGCUUAACAACGCAAGAAAGCUUUGGUUUCAUGCAAAUGAAUUAUCAGGGCAAAUUGCGCCUUCCUUAGGCAACAUCUCCCAAUUGUUGGUACUCAGUUUAUAUGAAAACAAUCUAUCGGGGAGCAUACCUUCAACUAUUGGUAAUUGCAUAAACCUGCAAUUCAUAUACCUCGACGAUAAUAAGUUCAGCAGUAGCUUACCCAGACAACUUUUCAUCUUUCCAUCUUUGAUUGAACUUUACAUUGGAAAUAACUCUUUUACCGAUAGUUUGCCAGUUGAAGUUGGUAACUUGAAAACUCUCUCGACAUUGAGUGUUUCAGAUAACAAAUUGUCAGGAGAAAUUCCAAUCUCGCUAGGCGAUUGUCUCAGCUUAGAGAAUCUCUGGUUGGAUGGAAACUUCUUUCAAGAAUCAAUUCCUCCAACAUUUAGUACUCUAAGAGGCCUUCGAUCCCUGGAUCUUUCACGCAACAACCUUUCUGGGGAGAUUCCAAAAUAUCUGGGGAAGCUUGCUCUAGAGUCUCUAAAUCUAUCCUUUAAUAAUUUUGAGGGUGAAUUACCGAAACAAGGGGUCUUUGGAAAUGCCAGUCAAGUUUCAGUGCUCGGAAAUAAUAAGCUUUGUGGGGGUAUUCCAGAAUUAAAUUUGCCUCAAUGCUCUAGCCAAGCUUCCAAGAAACAGAGAGAGUAUCUUCCAUCAAAAGUCAAAAUCUCAGUUGUUGUUGUUGUCCUAUGCCUUAUGUUAGUAUCCUGUAUCUUUGCCACUCUUUAUUGGGUAAGAAAGUCAAGAAGGAAACCUGUUGAUGUGCCUUCUGCGGAGGAUCCUUUCGUCACCAUGUCUUAUACGGAACUUUUUAAAGCAACAGAUGGCUUCUCUUCUGCCAAUUUGGUCGGCACCGGAAGUUUUGGCGCUGUAUAUAAAGGGGCUUUAGAUCGUGAUGGAACUAUGGUAGCAGUGAAAGUCUUCAAUCUUCAACAACAAGGAGCUCUGAGGAGCUUCAUGGCUGAAUGCGAAGCCUUGAAAAACAUUAGGCAUCGGAAUCUUGUUAAGAUCUUAACUUGCUGUGUAAGCAUUGAUUUUAAGGGCAAUGAUUUUAAAGCUCUAGUUUACGAGUACAUGCCCAAUGAAAGUCUAGACAAGUGGUUGCACAAAGAUGGUCAUGAGCAGCUUGGAAGGAACUUGAAGUUUACUCAAAUGCUAAACAUAGCUAUUGAUGUGGCUUCUGCACUGGAUUAUCUGCAUAAUCAUUGCCAAACGCCAAUCAUUCAUCGAGAUUUAAAGCCAAGCAAUAUUCUUCUUGAUGAUGACAUGAUUGCUCGUGUGGGUGAUUUCGGGCUAGCCAGGUUCUUACCUGAGGUUGCUCAAACUAGCUUGGUUGGAAUCAAGGGAUCUGUUGGAUACAUCGCUCCAGGUAACAAUUUUGUCUAUUACCUUAUCUACUUUCUUGUAUAUGAAUGCAUAAAUAUGAAAACAAACGCACACCCACCUAUUCUGGCUAUUUCCUUCAGAGGAGACUGA